AUGAGCUCGAGCGAAGCUAUGGAAGCUAAAAUUACUGAGGCUGACAAGCUAGUAAAGUCUAACCCUCAACAGGCUGAGCAGGUCUACAAGUCGCUAUUAGAGGGCAAAGCCGCCAACGACGACCAGCUACGCCACCAGGAAUCCGCGCUUGUGAAACUCGGCCAAUUAUACCAGGAUAGCAACAAUGCACAGGGACUCGCAGAACUCGUAACAACCUCGCGGGCAUUCAUGUCCUCCACUGCCAAAGCCAAGACUGCGAAACUCAUCCGAACGCUGAUCGAUAAUCUUGCCGCGAUUCCGGGGGGUGGAUCGGUGCUUACGAAUGUCUUGAGCGAGAACAUUGCUUGGGCGCGGGCUGAACGUCGGGUGUUCUUGAGGCAGAACUUGGAAGCACGGUUGGUGGGUGUUUACCUCGAUGGUGAGAAGUACCGACCAGCGCUCGCACUCAUCGAGUCGCUUCUUACCGAGCUCCGACGACUUGACGAUAAACUCGUGCUUGCCGAAGUGCACCUACUCGAGAGUCGGGUCUUCCGAGGAAUCGGGAACAUGCCCAAGUCCAAGGCCGCACUGACGUCUGCACGCGCCGCCGCAAACGCAAUUUACUGCCCGCCCCACCUUCAAGCCCAACUUGACCUACAGAGUGGAAUCUUACAUGCCGAAGAUAAAGACUACAAGACUGCUUACUCUUACUUUUUCGAGACGUUCGAGAACCUGUCCAGUCGGGAUGACCCCAAGGCGUUGACGGCACUCAAGUACAUGCUCUUAUGCAAAAUCAUGCUGAAUCUUCCAGAAGACGUGACCUCUCUUCUCUCCAUCAAGCUCGCCCUUAAAUUCGCCCAACUCCGAGACGUAGAAUCCAUGCGCGCCGUCGCGCUCGCACACCAAAACCGGAAUUUGGCCGAAUUCGAGGCCGCGCUCAGGGACUAUAAACAGGAACUCUCAUUGGACCCGACCAUCCGCUCGCACCUCGCGGCGCUGUACGACACCCUCCUCGAGCAAAACCUGCUCCGACUCAUCGAGCCGUACGCGUGCGUCCAGCUGGAACACAUUGCGCAAGGCGUCGGCCAGUCGCGCGCGACGGUCGAAAAGAAGCUGAGCCAGAUGAUCCUCGACAAGGUCUUUUACGGCGUGCUCGACCAAGGAAACGGCUGGCUGGUCGUGUUUGAUGAACCGGUCGUGGACGAGACGUACGAUGCGGCGAUUCAAACGAUUGAACAGGUCGGCAAGGUGGUUCAGUCUCUUUACGCCAAAUCGGUCAAAAUCGCCUAG